CUUCCCUCUCACUCAGUGAUGUGAGAUGGCUGAAGAAGAAAGAUUGACUGGUUCCUCUUCCGGCCCGAGCCCGAGCCCGGACCCGUGCCCUAUUUGCCUUUCCCCAACAACUCAAGAAUCCUAUUUGGAUCAGUGUUUCCAUUGUUGCCCUCCGUCCGAGUAAUAUGAGCUGCUCGUCGCAGAUUCGAUAUAAUUGUUCUCUCUAAUAGUAAUUUUUAAUUGGAGGAAGUGAUGAUUCGAUUUUUGGGAAAGGAAAAUAGAAAGAAGCCAACAAGGAGUUUGACGAUGCAAUAGUAGAAAAUCUCAAGAGGAACUAUUGAGUUUCUAUAUGGAGUGAUAAAUAAACUUAAUUAUGACAUUUAGAUGCUUCAGUACUUUUUGGUGAGAUCAUAAACAUUUGACCUUUAACUCCUAUGUUGAUGAAAGAAAUAGUUUUAUGGGGUGAAAUUCAGAAACUUUACAAUCUCUCAUAGUUCUUGAAAGACGCUGUCUGCUGUCUAAACCUUUAGCUUAAGCUGUCUUCAUAAAUAUGCUGACUUUAUCUACAAUGAAGAAGAUAUACUGUGGUUUUCAAUUAUCCAUUUAUGUUUAAGCUAAACUGUUUCAGAUAAAUUUUGCUAUCACUGCAUAGUUAAAUGGAUCAAUGUAGUUGCACGUGUGCAGUCUUGUACAUCUUCAACAAUGGCUUGUCCUUUGUGCAAGAGAGAGAAUUUCUCCAUUAUUUGUGGAUAUGAUGGAAUUUCUUAUCAACGGCAUUAUGUUGGCAAGAGUUUGGAAAAUAGUGAAUUCUUUUCAGAAGCUCACAGAUAUAGGCUGAAAUGCUACUACACCGACUCAGGUGAUAUUGCUGAAAAAUUAAAGGUUUCACUUUACUGGAAGUUACGUAAGUAUCUACGGCAAAAUCAUUUCCUGGCUGACUGGUUGAGAAGGGAAAUUCAGGCUGUAAUGCAGGAGGAGGAUGCUGACAUUAUCAUGUAUCACGUACUUGGUGUCAUCGACUCGUUAAGAAGGGAUUGGUCGAAAAAGACAAGCGUCUCAGCUGAAAAGGCUCGAGAAGAGUUUAGAGUAGCAGUUUCGGAUGCGGUGAGGCCAUUUUUGACAGGGAGAACAGCGAGAUUUGUAGAAGAGUUAGAAGUGUUUGUAGCAUCAGGGCUCAACAUGGAUGCUUUUGAUCAAGUGUACAUUAAGCAUUUAGGCUGGGACGAGAGUGAGAAGAAGGAAACUCGUCAACCUACUACACCUGCUGUGCCCUACUUGUACAUAUUUGAUGAAGAUGAGGCUGAAGAUAGAUGACUCCUUUGUGCCCUUGUUAAAGGAGUUUUAACAUUGGAGGAAAUCACUUUGGUUAUCAGUUACUACAUGAAAGCAGAUGUUUGGACCUUUCAGUCACAUAUAUUGCCAUGGUCCUAACAUGAGGUCUA